UUUAGUACAGGUUGACUUCGAUUUCACAUCAGAAUAGUAUCAUGUUUAAUGAAGUUCAAUUAGUCGUCGAAGACUAACGGGUAAAAAUGAGACACAUGUUGCUGAAAUAUCUCCACUAAUAACGAAACGCGAUCGAUAAGGCAGAUAUAUACUGAGUUUUAUUAGGUAUCCUUUUCUGAAAGCUGUUCCAACAAGGCCUAUCAGUGUCGUCAACACAAGCAUCGUAUCAAACAGACCCAAAAAACUUAAUCACAAAAAUUGACAACUAAAAGACUAUGGCCUUCAACAUGACGCCGUUUCUCCCAAAAAACUGUUAUUUUCUGAUAUUCAACCGUGAAGAAAUCAUGUUUGGUCGAGUCUACUAUCUGACAGCUUUUAUAUGGAGUGCACUUYUACUUAUACCUUCGGCAUUUCUCAAUCUUUUACUCCUGAGAUCACUGUACUCAUCACUUGCCUUGAGGAAGCCAUCGACUCUUCUUCUCUACARYCUCUCAGUAUCUGAUCUCCUGAUAGCCAYUGUGUUAMUACCAAUUUWUUUGACCAAGAAAGUCGCAGAGYUAACGUAUAACGUUGAACUAUUUUGUUYCAUAGGAAASCACUCAUAUUUCUUUGGGUACUUAUUUUCAGSGAGUUCCCUAUUCACAGUAACAGCCUUAUCUAUUGAUCGAUAUUUGAUCAUUCAUAAAGGCGUUCACUACACUGAGUAUGUUACCAGAACCAAGGUCACAAUCACAGUGGUAUUAAUUUGGGUCAUUUCAAUUUUUCUGAGCUCUCUUCAGUUUGUUAUACCCACAAACAGCUUGUCUACAUUAGCGGGCUUUGUUACGGCCAUAUGUUUUUUCGUUACAGCUGUAUUUUACUACAAAAUGCUGUUAAAACUACGAAAGACUAAAAUGGAAGCGAGCCAACUAUCUGAAAGUGCAACAGAAAUUUCCAGCAUACCUAGGUACCGUAAAGUAACUCGAACAAUAAUGAUUUUGUUUAUGGUAUUCAUUUUCAGUUAUUUGCCGUAUUUCUGUACUAAAAUAGUGGUGAGUAUUAUUGGGGACGGCAGAAAAGGCGUACCAUCCACAGAAUGUGUGGUAACUGUUCUUACGUUCACGAGGGCUUUUAUCAAUCCUGUCAUACUACUUUGCCGAACUUCGGAAAUAAAGGAAGCUGCGACAUUUAUAAUGAAACGGAUUAUACCUUGCUAGGUUUAUAAGUUUAAGAAAAGUCCUUUUUUGAGUUAACAAAAUGCCACUCUGUUCAAUACCAGUUUGGCAUAGUCGAUGCAUACUGCUGUUCUUUUUGCAGACCACACACUCAUUUGUACAUUUGGUACAACCGCCACCUUGUGAGCUCAGUUGGUAAGAGCAUCGGUCUGUUGUGCGAAAGGUCGUGGCUCUAACCUCGGCCGGACCAAUACUCAGGGUUCUAAAAUAACUGAGGAGAAGGCGCUGCCUUUGCAAUAAUAUCUGGAAAUGGUUAGACCUUCAGGUCUUCCCGGAUAAGGACUUUAAACCAUAGGCCCCGUUUCCCAAUCCUUCCUUACCUGCAGUAAAAUGGGGGACAAAAAAGAACCUGUUGAAUUGUUUGUGAAGAGUAGGGGAUUGUCUCCCGGUUCAACAGCCUAUCCCUGUCUGGAGGCAUAACACUAAUGUACUAGCAAAUCACUAAUGAUCGUAAGCUGGACGGCUGCUAAUAGCGCCUUAAUAUGCAGCCCGUAAAGUGCUCCUCUGGUCAUAACUGGCCCUAUAUAAGAACCUCCCAUUACAGGUUAAGCCUUUUCUAUAAGUCAGCCAUUCACGGAUACCAUUAAAAUUUCCAAACAUCGGUUAUUAUUCAAGCUGCACAUUCUUUACAUAAAUGUUGAAUUUUAUCAAAAUAUAGUUACUCUUAGGCGAAGCUAAGCAGGUGCAGAUGAGUUUUUUGUCAUAAAACACAGCGGUAUUUACCAAAUGAGAAAAGGGACUAUUCAUUGAUUACGAACUCAACAACAUUUCAGUGUCUAUGAAAUAUUCAAAUACCAACCGUAAAGUAUGUACCGAGCCUCAGCAAUACAAUAUGGAUAUUUAAUGGAAUACGCGAAUGAUUCUGCACACAAUACUCAAUUUUACAGUUCCGUUUAGUGACAACGAUUAAUAGUUCCAAUUCGACGUUGAAGUUUCCGCGCAUAGCAAUACUAUAGUUUUUAUCAUGUACGGCAACUGCAACAACGGCUUGGGACUUUUAUUUGUUGUCACUGAACGUAGAUGUAAAAUUGAGUAUUGAGGAUAAUACAAUAACUCUGAGCAAUGGAAAAUUUAAAUUCGAAACAGAAUUAUUGUAAUGCUGAUUUCAGUCAGCGUAAAAAAGUCCUCGAAUCUCAUUAUCUUCUCUAGAUGGUUGUCAAACACUGACCACAAUGUGAUGUCAUCCAGAAAGAAUUCUAUUGAAAACUUGUUGCAGUUCAGCAAUUCAGAUAAUKAAUAGUUGACUUCCGUACGGUACGAUACAGGAAAUGGCAUCAAGUGAAACAAGGCUUUAUGCUUCCUUACGCUUACUAAACCAUUUUCUUUUUUAAAUCGAUGGCGAAGGCUUAUAGAUACCAUUUUAAAAAGCUAUGUAUAUACGUCAUUUACGUCUGAAAUCCUUAGUAAGAUAGAAAAGAUAGUAAAGAUAAUAAAAAAUAAAGGACGAAAUUCCCAUUACAAAUCAUACGAAAUUAUGGUUGCACGUUAAACGGCCAUCCUAUAUCUUGUAAAUAUUUUCAGUGUUAGACUUAGUGGUGUUUGCACGAAUACGCAGUAGGUCAGUUUAUAUCUUCGUAACAUUUUCGUACCAUUUUUAUAAAAUACGUAAUAAAACAGUUCAUUUUAAAAAA